CUUACUCGCCGAUUAGGCAGUAUCAACAUGGCAGCUUUCUGAGUUUUGGAGGAGGGGACCUGGUGUAAAUAAACUCAAAUUUAACAGUUCAGAGGCAACGACAGCGUCGGGGUGUUUGAGUUUAUGUGUGAUUGGACGUCAAGGGGAAAAUGUCGAGUGACGGAAACAAGAAACAGUUCUGGAAAAGAAACGCAGCGAAGGUUCCUGGCAGCAUUCAGCAUGUGUACGGUGCACAACAUCCACCUUUCGACCCACUUCUCCAUGCCAAUCUAAUUAAAGCAGGCAACAAACCUCCUCCGGCCACACCAGGCAAGCCCAAGAAGGCGACCACUUUCCAGGAGUUUGAGAGCAUCACAAGUGACGCCUGGGAUGUCGGGGAUGACGAUGACGAACUGCUGGCAAUGGCUGCACAGAAUCUCAACAUUGAAGUGGUCAUGGAGACAGCUAAUAAGGUGAUUGAGAAUCAUAGCAAGCAGCAGGAGAGACAGAGGCUGGACGACGCAACAGAGCUGGAUCAAAGAGAAGAGGACACACAGGAGGAGGUGGCGGAGGACGAAGAGGAGGACGAGGAAGAGGAGGAGGACCGGGUGGAGGAGGGAGAUGUGACCAGCCCGGAGGUGUCGUUUGCCUCCCAGAGCAGCCCUUACACUGAUAGCCGCCUGGUGAAGUCCCACAGCGAAGCUCCAAUUGGGUCACCUAAAGAUGCAGCAGGUGAGCGUGCAGCCCUCCACAGACAGCGCUCUCUUCCCCACCGGCCGCCCGUCAUCCCCCUCGUGGCUCGCAUGGCUGACCAGAACACAUCUGGCACCCCGGCCAUGACCGAGAGGGAGGCGUCCCGUCUGGAUAAAUUCAAACAGCUGCUGGCGGGACCCAACACAGAUCUGGAAGAGCUACGGAAACUCAGCUGGUCUGGAAUCCCACGACAGGUCCGACCGAUAGCGUGGAAGCUCCUCUCAGGUUACCUGCCAGCCAACGCAGAAAGGCGAGAAAGCGUUCUACAGAGGAAGAGACAAGAAUAUUUCGGUUUCAUCCAGCAAUACUACGAUUCUCGCAACGACGAACAUCAUCAAGACACAUACAGACAGAUUCACAUUGACAUACCGAGAACUAAUCCUCUUAUUCCUCUCUUUCAACAAGCUUCUGUUCAAGAGAUUUUCGAGCGAAUCCUGUUUAUCUGGGCCAUCCGCCAUCCAGCCAGCGGCUACGUGCAGGGCAUCAAUGACCUGGUCACGCCGUUCUUUGUCGUAUACGUCUUUGAGUACAUUGAGGAGGAAGUGGAAAACUUUGACGUGUCCAGUCUCCAGGAAGAGGCUCUGAGGAACAUCGAGGCUGACAGCUUCUGGUGCAUGAGCAAACUGCUGGACGGCAUCCAGGACAACUAUACGUUUGCUCAGCCAGGCAUCCAGAGGAAAGUCAAGGCCCUGGAGGAACUGGUCAGCAGGAUUGAUGAAUCCGUGCAUCGCCACAUGCAGCAGUACGAGGUGGAGUACCUGCAGUUCGCCUUCCGCUGGAUGAACAACCUCCUGAUGAGGGAGCUGCCACUACGCUGCACGAUCAGACUGUGGGACACCUACCAGGCGGAACCAGAGGGCUUCUCCCAUUUCCACCUCUAUGUGUGCGCCGCCUUCCUGGUGAGGUGGAGGAAAGAGAUUCUCGAGGAGAGGGAUUUUCAGGGCCUGAUGAUCCUAUUACAGAACCUUCCCACAAUGCACUGGGGCAACGAGGAAGUGAGCGUGCUGCUGGCCGAAGCCUACAGGUUGAAGUUUGCCUUUGCCGACGCGCCCAACCACUACAAGAGAUGAUAAGCGUGGCUCUCUGCAGCUGUUCCUGCUAUCCCUCCUCCCCCUCUGUUUCUUCCUUCCAGUCGUCUGCUGAACUUGGAGGCCUCUCGUCCUUCAUGGAAACGACCUCUUCCUUUUCUUAACCUCCCUUUCUCAUCUUGCCUGAUAGGCCUUUCAGCUACUAAGAGAUUUGAAUCAACCAAUGGCUGAGAGGACGUGCGGUGUAGCAUUCUAACAUGUUGAUGUGGAGCCUUUUUUUUAAAUUAUUUUUCUCUGAUCAGCUCUGAAACGUGCACUCCAGUGCAGAAUUUAUCCUUGAAGAUCGCAAGCUUUCUUGUUGGAGUUCGGAUCGCUCAAGCUGUCGCCUCUGAGAACAACCUCAGGCCCGAUGCAGGACCACGAGCUGUUGCUCAGCAGCGCCUGGGGUUGUGUCUGGCUCAGAAAAAUGUUCCUUUCUGCUUAUAGUUAUUACCAGUACCACGGCAAUACAUUGCUUCUCGCUUCCCAAAGCAAAAAUGUGACCUUUUUUCCAGUUUGCAAAGAAAAAGACAGCAAAAGGGCAUUGCACUAGAAGGUUUACAUACCUGAACCCUUUCUCCCCACCCUGACGGAACAUGAUCUCACCUGCUGUUGCUUUUUUGUGUGGGUUUUUUUUGCGCUUCAUGCCAGAAAGGACACAGAUUGUUUUUCCAACACACUAGGACUUUACAGCGAGAGAGAUUGUCAGUCUGUGAGGGGAAGCAUGUCUCGCUACUUCCACAAACGACACACCGACUCAGUCCCCCUUUUAUCUCGUCCUCCCACCCACACUGCAAAUUCACAGUGUUUGAGUGAGCGUGAGACAAUGGUAGAAGGCUGCAGGUCAGGAGAGUCACAGAUCAACAUCAAAGAAGCCAUUAGGACUAAAAAAAGCUACUUGUUCCCACUUCAGAGCUGUCUAUGUAUGAAUUGCCGUGUCUUAUCUAUUAACUACGCCACCUAUCAGAACGUAGGACUACCUCAGAACACGCAUUAACACAUGGAGGUCCACUCCACAUACACAUCCAUAACACACAAGGAACACAUAUACACAUUGGUAUGGAAUCAAAAUAAACAAACAAGAAAAGUUGAGUUUCAGUCUAAUUUAGAAAUGAAAUUAUCCUCAUUGAAGCCAAAUUUGUUGUUUGUGAAAGAGAAACCAUGCUUAACAGGGUUGUUUUUGAGCUUUCCACAUCCAAAUUUACAACUGUGCUUUAAUUAGUUAAGGUACAAAUGAGUUUCUUUUUUGUUUUCCCUCCUCACUUCCACUCCUGCUGUUAUUUGGGUCGUGUUUUCAUAAGAACAUAAAGAUGUCACAUAAAAACUUACAGUAUGAUGGGAUUUCAUGCUGGUUUAUUGUGAAUUCACACCAGGGUUUGUGUUUCGUUCCCUGCUAUGAAAUACGAGAUGCUAUCAAAAAGUUUUGACACUGCCUGCUUUAAAUUAACCCCAUCAAAGUAGCCUCCUUGUGCAGUGAUACAGCGCUUCCUGCUACUUUGAAAAGCUUAUAAUGCUCCCAUGAAGUCCCAUUAUGGCAAGCACCAUCUGCGAUUGGCACUGAAUCUCUUAAACUAUGUCAAAAUGACGACCCUUCAACUUGAAUUUCAUUUUAUGGUAAAGGAGGAAGUCAGAGCCAAAUCCAGUGAGUAGAACAGGCAAAGAAUGAUGACUGUUGCCUGUGGAAUCAACACAUUGUGCACUGGAGCAUCCACAUGCUAUUGCGCCCACAGUUCAGGUUAUUUGCGCUAAAUGUUCUCCUUCAGACUCCUCAAGAUGUUCCAGUCCAGCGCUAAAUGCUGGAGGAAGCAAAAGUUGUGCUUCUAGUGCACUCUUAACCUGAUGCAGCUUGUCUGAUUUUGGAAACUGCAACUCUUCCACUGUAAAAACUGCUGUUUCUUCUCCUGAUGGUAGCCGAAGACCUAUCUCUUGUCUGAAAUUACACAAGUUAUGAUGUAAUGCCAUCUCUUGUGAACAUUACUGACUGUGAUGCCGACCCGACAAUGGUUCCACAACUUUUUGAUCACACCUCAGCAGCCAGUAAGACAUUAAGAAUCUUGGUGAGACAACUAUUAAAGCACUACCAGCAACUGAUUCUCAUGAGUACACCAUCCACAAGGCUUUCCUUGUCAGUUAACGUUAUUCUGUAUAAACAUAUAAAGGCAGCAGGUACUUUGCUUCAUUUGCAAGGAGUUCAUGAACCUUUAAGAAUGAAGUUGAAUCAAGUGUAACAUCUCCGCCCAUCUGCAUAGCUUCCUGUGCAAUGUGAAUCAUCAGGAUUAUACUAAAAACAUUUAAAACACCUACAGAAAUUCAUAUAAAUACAUAAUAAUAUUGUUUCUUUACUUAACACCAGUUAAUCCAUAUCUCUGCCAUGUCGUUUAAAGUUGCACCUAGUUAUUUAAUUUCCACAAAGCGCUUUUAUUUGCUGUAAACAGAGCAGGAUCAUGCCUUUAAAUUUGUUAAUAUUUUUUAGGACUGGAAAUCCAUUUAAGCUGCUCCUCUUGAAUGUGAUAGAAAACUUGACAGGCUUAACUGAUGACUCCUCAGCACACCCUUUAAUGUUUUGCAUAUAGCGAGCUGCACAUGUAUAAAUGACAAACAACCUUAUUACUCUAGUGCACACAACCCUCUGCCUUACGCUGCAGUUCUACCGUUAGUUUCCCAUCUCUGCUGUAAACGCUGCUCUGUUCAUAUAGAGCACAUGGGAUGUCUUACCCAAAGUCAGUAGCACCAUAUUGGUGUAAUGUUGGGAGGCGGCGGUGGGGUAAUCAGACAUUCAUGACAUAACACAAAGCUGUUAACGUUUGGAGCCUCCUGUCGUGACUCCGCCAGGAUCCAUUAUUGUCACCCGAGCCGGCGAAGACGGUGUGCGUAGGUGUGUGAAGGGGAGGUGGAAAGAGAGAGGGUGGUUGUUGUGUUUCUUUGGAAGUUUCAGCGCCUUUUCUCUGAGAGCUGUCAGUCUUUGAUCACAGGCUGGGAAUUUUUUUUUUUUUUUUUUUCGCAAUCUGCACCAGUUUCACAAGCCCCUAAUCUCCCAUGCUCUCUGACAAGGAAAAACUGCAAUUAAUUUGAAAGUCUAUAGCCUUUUUUUCCCCUUCUCCUCUUUUUUGUAUGUAUGAGAUAUAUUCUUUCAAUCAGGAUUUUAAAAGAUUUGUCUUUUUCGUUUGGGUCUUAUUUUUUUACACAUGUUGACGUUUACAAGCCUGUUAAGUUGUGCCUGACUCUAGAGACACGAGAUGACAUCCUGGUUACGUUUUUGAACUCGAAUGAACUUGAAAGGUUUUAGAUUUCAACCAAUAUUAGAACAGUUUGAAUAUACUGUAAAAACACACAAUUUAUCUCUCUUUUGGCUGUGGAAACCCCCAACAUGAGCUGUUUUAGUUUUAUUCUUGGCAUUUACACCUUGUUAAGAGUUCAAAUUUAGCAAUUGACUGUUCGCUAAACCCAUCCCGCCCCUGAUAAGGCUUGUCAAGCUUCUCCACAUGCUAAAUUAGCAUGCAUAGGCCUGUAUUUGUAACAAAUCUCAGCAUUUAAAGAGGUUGAGGUGUGUAGAAGGGACAGAUUAAACAGUGUGUUUAUUUACAUUAAUUAGCCAUUUUGUGUCUAACUAGCUAAAGCAGAGGAGCACAUUAUGGUGACAGGCAGCGUCAAAAUACAAAACAUGCUGCUUCUAAACAUAGCUUUUGGUAAUAUUUCCCCACUGUGUAGAUGCUAUCUGAACGUAGACUAACAUUAGCAGCUCUGUCCUGGUCUUUAUGUGCAAAAUAUGUUGGUUUUCAGUCCAGCAGCUCCAGCUAACGCUAACCUGGACAGCAUUAGCAAAACAUCGGUUAAGGUUUCUGACUUUUGUAACGUUAAAAAUAAACUUAGGAUUUAAAAAUACAAACAAAUAUCAAAGAUAAGCAAGCCAAAUAUCGUCUAGUCCUACCUUUUUGUGAGGAUUUUAGCUUUUUACCUGCGAUAUAUAGCUGUUUUAGCACAUUAUCAUAUAUGUAGCUAUCAAGUGCACAUUUACCACAAGAUCUCUUUUUACAAGAUUCUAAUCGGUUGAAAACAUUAAAAGUCAGUCAGGCGGUGCUUAAAAUCAAUAUAUGGAGCCUUCAGCUUAUUUAAAGCGGCAGAGCCUCGCCACCAACAACAACACAACACGAAACAAACAUGACUUAUGAUACAAGAGGGAAAAAAGACAACUGGUUUGUUUGCUGACUGCUAGCGGUAGCAUUAGCAACGCGGCUACUGCUAAAAGGCAGCAAAUGAACCAGUAGCUUCUUUUUCCUCAGCAACAGAUGUAACAAUCCCAAUCUGAAAUAGAAACAACAACCUUUAAGCUAAGGUAAAGUAAAAUGCUUGGUUGUAUUAACAAGUAAGAAGGUUUUUCUUGCUAGCUGUGUUUCCAAGUAGUUAGUGUACAUGGAAAAAUUUAUUUAUUUUUUUUUUUAAAUACAAUUUUACAUAAAAAUUGUAAGGUGCGCUUGAAGUGGGGUUUUUGCUUUUUUUGAGGUAAUAGACAGAUAUUGGGAGAUAGAAAAACCUUUUUCAAACAUAGGGAAUAUUUAACUCACAUGAGCACAUAAGAUUAGCUGUUUCAUUUCUUUUUUCUUUUUUUUGUUUUUGACAGCUUAAAGCAUGUCCAGUACCUGCUGACAUGUAAAAAUAAUUACAACUUUCCUGAUUGAAAACAUUUCCUGAAGACUGCUCUCCAUUUUGCUCUCGUAGAUGGCCAAAGUUUACUUUAUUAUCUGUUUUUGUCAGUUGGUAAACAACUGAUUCUGUCUCUGGCUUCUUCUACUCUGUUUAUUAGAGCUAUCACAUCCUAUACCGCCACCUUCUGACAACACAAAACAUUCUGGUUUAUUUUACUCUAUUAUUGGAAGCAAGCCUAAUUUGCAUUUUGUUUUGUCCUAAUUUCUCAAAAAUUCAUGUUAGACUCAAUUGACAUUUACAUGGAAAAACAGCCAGUGAUCCUAUAGAAAUAAUGCCAACUGAAAGCUCUCAUUCCAGUUGCUCUUUUACAUCAAGAUUUCAGACUCUGAGUUAGACUGAAUAUCCUGAAAUCAAGACUUAAAGGGAACCAAUUUAGAUGCUGAUAGCAUCCUCUUUCUUUAGCAAUUACACUGUGCAAUCAACAUUUACUUCAUAAUGAUGAGUUAAGGCAAAAAAAAAAACUCGUCUCUUGCCACUUUAACUAAAUUGUCACAGCUGAUAGAAUCUGACAGAAAAUUCAACUGUUGCUGGCUAUAAUGAGACGCUGCUUCUGUCAGAAAUCAAUGAGAAAUUUUGUUGAAUUUUCCUACAAUUGUAAACAUGUGCCGUGAAUGGAAAAAGCUUGACUGGCACAGUAACUAUCAGGGAGAUGGGGAUUUGCGAAUAGUCAAUAUUUGUCCCAUUUAUUAUCCAAAGCCCAACUUCUCAGCAAAUUAAGUUGCCUUAUUGCACACAUUCAUAUUGAUACGAACACAGCGGGGGAGAAAGUGACGCCGCUGGUGAACAGAGAUGCCCUGAAGCAACAACUGAUGUUGGAGGUUGACAGCUACUGUUAUCUCUCUCUGAAUGUGUGUGUGUGUUGGCAAAAAGAAAAGGCUUGAAAUCCUCUUUUUAAACACGAAGAUUUUUUUCUGCUGUAAUAUUGGACAUAGUAAUUUCCCUUUAACUAGAAUCACCUUCCUGCUCAUGCUUCUGUAUGGAGAGGUGAUUUAAUACACAAAUGCUGAUCUCAAAUCAGCCUCACACACAUCUCCAUGGUGAUAAAGGCCUCACAUUUCUUAUUGGCUCUCACACACACACAUUUAAAUAUAUAUAUGGGCAAAUACUCUUCACAGCUUCUUCAGGAACAUGUUCAGCUGCUUUCGUUUCUUUUUCCAGCCAAACGAGUUUAUGAAAACCGAACUGAAGUCGAUGCAUCCUCCCUCAGAGUCCUCAGAAGAAGAAAAUCUAAUAAUACUAGAGCGUGAGGGAAUUUAAAAAUGUGUACAGAGAAGAUUUUGAAACAAAAAUCUGUAAAUAGAAAGUGUAAAUAAAUCCUAUAUAUGA